AUGAGACGCGAGGCUGGGCCCCUGAUCAGGUUGCUCUCCGCUGCCGGGGGCGCCUCGUCCCGGGCCCAGGGCGGGGCGUGCGGCUGCCCAGGGGGUGUGGCCCUGGGGACGCUGGGUGUCGGGGGGCAGCGCCCACCCAUGGACGGUCCUGAGGCCCCAGGUCCUCGCCGGGACGCCACCUGUGGGGAAGGAGCGAGGGACACCCGGACAGAAGGCCGCCCGGCCCCCGAGGAGGCGAGUGGCCCCAGCUGCAGCCUCGGGAGUGGCCCCCAGACCCCCUUGCCCCCCGCCAGCCCCCCGCCGGCCUUCAUCUCCAGCUUCAGCUUCAUCCGGCUCUCGCUCAGUUCAGCCAGCGAACGUGGAGAAGCGGAGGGCUGCCCGCCGGCCAGGGAGGCCAAGGACACGGGGGCCAGAGCUGCCAGCCCAGAUGGGCACCACCAGGACCCUGGAUGUCUCUCUCCCCGCUUUGGUCUCAAGGCAGCUCGGGGCCCCGCGGACUCCGCCUGGACUCGGACGGGCGGCCCCCGGCUGGAGGGUGAGCCACUCUCUGUACUGGACACAGACGCCGCCUCCUCCUGCUCCCUGGAUCCCCCAGGGUGCGAGGGGACUGCUAGCCGCUGGGACCCGCUGCUCCGGAAGUGCGAACCCCUGCUGCAGGGGUGUCUGCUCAGCCACCGCCGACGGCUGGAGGUGAACGCCUUAAGGCUGAAGCUUCAGAAACUCCAGGAGAAAGCCGUUGAGGAGGAGGAUUACGAUAAGGCGGAAACGUUCAAGCACAAGUUGGACAACCUGGAGGAGGAGGAGGAGGAGGAGAGCAGCCUGUGCUUCCAGCUCCCCUCGAGGCAGCCGGCCCUCUGCAGCCUCCUGGUCCACCUGGGAGCCCAGGCCGAGGCCGCCUUGCACCGGGCAGCUGAGCAGGCGGGCGGCGAGGACACCCAGGCCCCGCUCUGCAUGGUCCCCCCGGCUGACGGCCCCCCGUGCGCAUCUGUCACCAGACGAGACCGACUUCUUCACGAAAAGCAGCAACUGCAGGAGGAGAUGGAAGCCCUGCAGGCCCGUAUGUCUGUGCUGGCAGCGAAGGACCAGCAGCUGAGAAGGGAGAUGGAGCUGCAGCAGCAACUCCUCCGGUGGCGGGACUGUGACCUGCGGCCCCUGCUGGAAGGGCUGACCCCAGGCGAGCUGCAGGAGGUCCACCAGGCGGCAAGGGACACCCUGGCCCUGGCCGGUCAGAGUCCCCUCCCUGCAGGACCUCCCGAAGCCGUAAGGAGCCUCCAGGAAAGGCUGAAACCCCUCCACUGGUCCCUGAGAGAAAUCGCUGCGAAGGUGUGCAGGACCCAGAGGCUGUGCGGCUCCCUGCGGAGGAGCCUUCACGAGAUCGAGACCCAGCUCCCGGCGUUGCUGGAGGCCAAAAUGCUGGCCGUGUCAGGAAACCAUUUCUCCACGGCCAAGGAGCUCGCAGAGGAGAUCGGCGCGCUGACCAUGGAGAGGGACGGGCUGGAGGGCCUCCUGGCCCGGCUGGCGGGGCUGAGCGCCAGGAACGUCGCCGCGCUGGGGGGUGUGCAGGCCGAUUACAGCCGGCUGCAGAGGGAGCUGGACCGCGGGAAGGCCGCCCACGAAGCCAGCGUGAAGGAGGAGGCCGAGAGGUACAUGGACGCGCUGGAGGGCAAGCUGCGCAGCUGCCUGUGUCCGCUGCUGGGAAGAGUGUGGGAAGCCGACGUGGAGGCUUGCCGGUUGCUGAUCCAGAGCCUGCAGCCCCCGGAGCCGCGGGGCAGCCCGUCUGCAGAGGAUGAGCCGCAGCUCGGUGACUUGGCGGGAGACGGCCGCACGGCAGCCCCGGGCAGCGGCCCCGGGCCCCCCGCCGCCGAGGAUGGGAGCAGGACCCCCCUGCAGGCGUCCGAGGAGUGGAAGGCGCCCCCGGCUCCCUCUCCCCACCGUGCUGCCAGCGAACAGAGAGAGGGACCGCACACCCUUUCCGCAGAGCUGGGCGAGAAAUGCGAAGCCAUCGGCAAGAAGUUGCUGUGCCUGGAGGAUCAGCUGCACGCGGCCAUGCACAGCCACGAUGAAGUCCUCAUUCAUAUCCUUUCCGUUCUCGUGGACGAACCGCCCGCCAGCCUGAUCCGGACCACAGAUGCACAGAAGUCCCUGCGGAGCGAGCUCCGGCUGGUGAAGGAGACCCUGCAGGCCAUGAUCCUGCAGCUCCAGCCCCCCAGGGAGGCGGGGGAGAGCGAGGCGGCCUCCUGGGCCACAGCCGGUGUGCGGGAAGCGCAGGCCUGA